AUGUGGUUGCAAGUCACGCUUCCUGCACUGGAUCAGACGGUCACGGUAGGAGGCUCCACUUCCACUUAUGUCAGGUACGUAAAUGCGGUCGGCCACGCCCUCCUUAAAUCGGUGGAAAUCGAGAUCGGCGGUCAGCGCAUCGACAAGCACUUUGAUGCCUACUACGAGAUCGACGACGAGCUCACGGUCCCCGCCGAGAAGGAGGGUGGACUGCGGGAGAUGAUCGGCAAGUACAACGAGGCGGACAACUACGAGGGCGGGCAGCUCCAUACGCAGACCGGCCAGCGCACGUAUUAUAUCCCCCUCAAGUUCUGGUUCAACAAGCUCCCUGGCAACGCUCUUCCGCUUAUCGCGCUGCAAUACCAUGAAAUUAAGCUUAAUGUAGAACUGGCUCCGGCAGCAGCCCUGGUCAGGUCAGAUAUCAACGUGGUGACCCCUACCUCCAACGGUGCACCCCUUUCUCUGAUCGAUUGCUCUCUUUACGUCGAUUAUAUCUAUUUGGAUACGGAUGAGCGCCGAAAGUUCGCUUCCUCGUCCCACGAAUUCCUCGUGGAGCAGGUACAAUUCACGGGUGACGAAUCGAUCCCUGCCAGCAUCUCGGCCAGCACUCAGAAGAUCCGGCUGUCAUUCAACCACCCCGUGAAGGAGCUGAUCUGGGUAGUGACCCCAGAGAGCUCCGCAGCCGUCAACUCCAAGACCGGAAAUAUGAUCUUCGAUUUCGGCGAGGUCGCAGGCGUGGACUACGUGCAGAGUGCGAAGCUGAUGCUGAACGGGCACGACAGCUCCUCAUCUACGGCGCUCAUCGAGGUCAAGGAUGGUAAAGAGUCUGUCUACGCAAUCGUGGACAAGGAGGACGAGGACCGCGUCAGGCCCUUCUGCUGGAGGUAUGCCACAGAAGGAAACAAGAGCUCCAAGUAUGUGGUCAAGUCCAAGACCCUGGAAGACCCUUUCACCAGAUUGAGUCACAUGGUAAUCGGACAGCAGCCAAAGGGGUCGGACGUGGUAACCUUCGUAGAUGGCGAUCACCUCAACCUCACGAAAUCGAACUUGAAGAUCUGCACGCCUGCAGCUGCACACGCGAUGAAGAAAAAGGAGGCUUCUGGAACCUCUGCAUACCUGGGCGUCUUCGAGAUGAAGGAGGGUAAGCCAGAGAGGAGAUGGCGCGCGACUUUGAACGGCGAGGUCUUGGGUUACUAUCCAGAAGAAGCCAUGGCCGCCUACAAGUACGACCUCUGCAAGAGAGCAUAUGGAGACCAGGCGCACUUGAAUGGCGUCGAGGAGCCGGAGGGUUUCGCAGACAUCGAUGCAAAAUCGGGCAUCAAAAAGCAGCAGCGAUUCCCGAUCAAGCCGAGUGGGAAGAAGUUCUUCAUUCACAAUAUGAAGAGGAACGGUCAGGUUCUAGCCAAGGGUACCUACGAAACCUUCUCGGAGGCCGAGGAGGCGUGCGAGAAAGCCCUGGCAGAGUACGUCAGGACUCAGAGAGAGAACCUCGUGAUCUCGCGGAACGAGAUGGGAGCAGCGGUGUUGAAGGCGAAAGUCACCCGCGAGCAGACAAUCGAUGUGCUGGUAGACGAUGACGUAUUCGUGGAACUGAUGGUCAACGAUGAUGGCAAAGCGACCGGACUCAGCGCGAACAGUGCCCGCGGGGGAAACGUAUAUUUCAACAGCACGAAGCAGAACCUGAGCGACUACGUGAUGAGGAAGAAGAAGACAGUGGAAGAGGUGGACGAAGCUGAGAACAGUGGCAUGAUCAUACAUCACAAGAACUGGAAGAACGAGGAUAACCGCGCUGAGAACUUGUGCUACGCGCCCAGAUCGACGAAUUCGCAGUCGACAGGCCCUCAGGUGAACAAGAAGAGGAAGGAGAGAGACACAGAAAUAGUCGGAUGCUCGAAGGUUGGAGACAAGUGGGUGGCCCAAAUCAGAGACCAAGGCAUGAAGGUGCAUCUCGGAACAUUCGAGACAGCCGAGGAAGCGGGUCGAGCAUACGACGAGGCUGCGCUUCGUAUACAUGGUGUACAGAAUGCUCCUAGGCUGAACAAUUCAGGAGUAGGAGAGACUUAG